GUUCUGAAAAUUCAUUCCUUCAAGUCAUAUUUCCAGAGAAACUCCAAGAAAAUCGAAGUGAUAAUAUAAAAAACCAGAUAUCCUAUGUUAUUACAAUAGAUGAAAAGUCAUAUACUGUGCACCUAAGGCCAAGAUUCUUCCUAGCAACGAACUUUAUGCUUUAUUUCUACAAUCAAAGUGUUAUGAAUUCUCAGUCUGUAGAUACUCAGUCUGAAUGCUACUAUCAAGGAUAUAUCAAAGAAUAUCCAAAUUCUGUUGUCACACUCAACGCAUGCUCUGGACUGAGAGGAAUAUUGCAGUUUCAAAAUGUUUCUUAUGGAAUUGAGCCUGUGGAGUCUACCUCUGAGUUUCAGCAUAUUCUUUAUCAAUUGGGGAAUGAAAACAAUGAACCUGGAAUUUUUACCAAAAAUAGCAGAAGCAUGGAAGAAUACCCAGUGGACUAUAACAUUUUCAUAAGUGAGAAACCGCAAACACCUCCAGACUUAUCUCCUCUUUAUUUAGAAAUGUAUAUUGUGGUGGACAAAGCUUUGUAUGAUUACUUUGGCUCUGAUAGCACGACCGUAACAAACAACAUCAUGGAAAUGACCAACCUUGUAAAUUCAAUGUUUUCCCAAUUUAAAGUGGUGAUUGUGUUGUCUUCAUUGGAGUUGUGGUCAGAUACAAAUAAGAUAUCUACAGUCGGCAAGGCAGAUGAAGUACUCCACAGGUUUUCAGAAUGGAAACAGUCUCAUCUUACCCUAAGGCCUCAUGAUGUUGCAUAUCUAUUUAUUUAUAGGGAUUAUCCAGACUUCAUGGGAGCAACAUUUCCUGGGAAGAUGUGUGUCACUCCUUAUUCUGCAGGAAUUGCAGUGUAUCCCAAGGACUUAACUUUGGAGACAUUUGCAGUUAUUGUCACCCAGAUGCUGGGACUCAGUCUUGGAAUGUCAUAUGAUGACCCAAUGAAAUGCCAGUGUUCAGAAGCCAUCUGCAUAAUGAACCUGCAAGCUGUGCAAUCCAGUGGUAUGAAGACUUUUAGCAGUUGUAGUUUGAAAGACUUUCAAAGUUUCGCUUCAAAUGUUGGUGUCAGAUGCCUUCAGAAUAAACCACAAAUGCGAAGUAAUCCAAUCUGUGGCAAUGGCAUAAAGGAGGGAAAGGAAGCCUGUGACUGUGGUACUUUAUUGCAAUGUGGACUUAAAAGCUGCUGUGAUCCUGAAAAAUGCACGGUAAAACCAGGAUCAGAAUGUGCUGAUGGACCAUGCUGCAAGGAAUGUAAAUUUGCAGACCCAAAUGUUGUAUGCAGGCCCAAAGAGGACCCUGAGUGUGAUAUCCCUGAAUAUUGUCCUGGAUCUUCAGCAGUUUGUCCACCUAAUGUAUUUGUCAAAAAUGGACACAAAUGCAGAGGUUCAUUCAUAUGUUAUAAUUCAUUUUGCAUGGAUCUUGAUACACGUUGUAAGAAGCUGUUUGGAGACGACUCAGAAAAUGCUCCAUUUAUUUGCUAUAAGGAAAUACAUAUUCAUGUAGAUAGAUUUGGACACUGUGGUUUAAAAGACAACAGACUUUUAUAUUGUGGAUGGAGGAAUUUUCGGUGUGGAAGAUUAAUUUGUACUUAUCCUUAUCGAGCUCCUUUCUUUCACCCCAAUGUUAGUAGUGUACUUUAUCUUCGUAUAAGAAAUUAUACUUGUAUAACCGCAGUCUACGAAACUGUUCCAGAUCCAUUCAAAAUUCCGGAUGGCACUGAAUGUGAUUAUACGAGGAUAUGUGUUACUUACCGUUGUUUGCUCAAAGGAACUUUAGAGAAUGACUCAGCAGAAUGUACAAAAGCAUGCAAUGGACGUGGAAUAUGUGAUAACAGUGGUGCAUGUCAUUGUGAAGCUGGUACCCAGCCUCCAUUUUGCUCACCCAUGAAGUCUUUGAAAUCUCCGUGGCAUAUGAGAAGAGGUUUAACCAUGAGAAGUGCUUCAGAGAAGGCUAGCAAUAACUGGCUUCUAAGUUUCUACAUUGGCUUGUCUAUUCUUAUCAUAGCAACCAUAACAGCUGUGGCAUGGAACAGAUUGAAAAAGGUGUUCACCAAGGAAGAGGAAUCCCUCAAUAGCGAGUCCAUAUCAGAUGAUACUACCCAAGCCUCUACAAGCAGGAACUAGGAAUACCCUCAGAAGUCAAUGGAUACUAUUGAGGUCUCACUUACAAAUGAAGAUUCCACCAUUUGAGGCCUGGUUACAGUGGAGGAGGUCAAUAAACUGUGUGGCACAAUUUAA